CCAAUGCGAUUGCCGCUGCCGAUGGGUGGCGAGCGUAACCGGCCGGCUGAAUCCACAAAAAACUGCCUCUUCGCGGCGUCUCGUUGGCGUUUUAUAAUGUUAACCCACAGUUCCGCACGGGCCUUGACGAACUGAGGCGUCACCUAUACCGUGCAAGUGGGCCACCCAAGGCCCAGCGUCGCGCCCCUUCAGCCAACCCAGAAACAGCCAAUUCGUCCGGCGAUCGCCCCGCAGUCCCCAACAUCUGCUGGUAGGCUGGGCUUCUGACUUCAUUCAUCCACAACCUGCAAGGGCAGGACGCGUUCGGAAAACCCAUCGCCAGCCCGCCUCGAACCUCCGGCAUCGCGGGCUUUCCGCAAUCUGCGCCGAACCUGCCGUGAGCUCGUCGUGUCCACCGCCGCGGCAAUGGCUGGCCCCGACACAUCCUCGGUCUCGCAGGCGCCGCCGGGCGGACCGGACGGCCACAGCGCCGCCACGUUUACCGAGCCGUCGGCGCCGUCGCCGUCCAAGAAGAAACCACGGCGUGGUGCUGAGCCCGCCAACCAGAAGCGGAGAUGCGUGAGCACGGCAUGCAUCGCCUGUCGCAAGCGAAAAUCCAAGUGCGACGGCGCCGUGCCGAGCUGUGCGGCGUGCGCCAGCGUCUACGGCACCGAGUGCGUCUACGACCCGAACUCGGACCACCGUCGGAAGGGCGUAUACCGCGAAAAGACGGAUAUCAUGAAGGCGCAGAGUUCGACGCUCCAGAUCCUGAUCGAGGCCAUCCUGAAUGCCGCCGAGGAGGACGUGCCGGCCAUCGUGCACAAGAUCCGCAACUGCAACAGCCUCGACGCCGUGGCCGAAUCCAUCCUCAAGAAAGAGCUGUCCGAGAACGAAGACGAUGGCAGCGGGGACGGGGACGCCGGUCGUAUGGACGAAGAAUACACCACUGCCAACCAGCCCGUCGAGGGCGAGAGGGAACUUGCCCGCAAGAUGGGCGAGCUGCGCCUGGAGAACGGCACUCUUCGCUACAUCGGCGGCACGUCUCACCUGAUUUACCUGGGGGAUGCGGCGGACGCUCCCGACGAGCCGGAAUCCAAAAGCGUUGUCUUAUCCAGCGAGGACCCGACCAUCAGCUGGACUGAUGUCACCAAGGACCCGCAAUUGAUUGUCCAUCUCAUCAACAUGUACUUCACUUGGCACUAUCCUUACUUCGCCACUCUCUCCAAAUCCCUUUUCUACAGGGACUUCCUCAAGGGGAAGCCACGGACGCAACCGAGAUCCACCGUGUACUGCUCACCGUUGCUGGUCAACGCCAUGUUAGCCCUCGGCUGUCACUUCACCAGCGUGGCGGGCGCCUUUGCUGUGCCCGGGGACAGCAAGACAAAGGGCGACCAUUUCUUUGCCGAGGCGAAGCGGUUGAUAGUGGAGAACGACGAGUACGCCCGGCCCCGGCUCACGACGGUGCAGGCCCUGGCGCUCAUGUCGGUCCGCGAAGCCGGCUGUGGCCGGGAGGCCAACGGGUGGGUGUACAGCGGCAUGAGCUUUCGCAUGGCGCAGGACAUCGGGCUCAACCUGAACCUCGGAGCGGCGCAGAAGGACCAGGGCGCGCUCGACGAGCAAGAGGUCGACGCUCGCCGGAUCACGUUCUGGGGCUGUUUCCUAUUCGAUAAGUGCUGGUCCAACUACCUCGGCCGCUUGCCCCAGCUUCCCAAGAACACGUACAAUGUCCCCAAAUACGACGUCUUCCCGGACGAGGAUGCCGAGUCGUGGUCGCCGUACACGGACAGCGGGUUUGACCCAUCAUGCAAGCAGCCUUCAAGGACAAGGGCGGUCGGCCUGCACCUCAGCACGCUGUGCGAUAUUAGCAGCGACCUGCUGUUGUUUUUCUACCACCCCAACCACAUCGGACGGUCCAGUGGCAAGAACGUCGAGCUGAAGAAGCUCAGCGAGCUCCACCGCCGUCUGGAGGAGUGGAAGAAGGGACUGCCGAACGAAUUUGAGCCGAAGGACGGCCAGCUGCCCCAUGUCAUUCUGAUGCACAUGUUUUUCCAUUUACAAUACAUCCACCUAUUCAAGGCCUUUCUUAAAUACACCCCAGCAACUUCGCCGUUGCCGGCGCACGUCUCCCCGUGGCGGAUGUGCGGCGCGAAUGCCGGCGCCAUCUCGAAGCUCAUGCGCUUGUACAAGAAGCUGUACGACUUGCGGCAGAUCUGCAACAUCGCCGUGUACAUGAUACAGACUGCCUGCACGAUACACAUCCUGCACUUGCCCGAAAAGACAGCCAAGCGGGACAUUAUCCAUGGCGUCAAGCACCUGGAGGAAAUCGCUGAGGAUUGGCUGUGCGCCCGGCGGGCACUCAGCACUGUGAGCGUGUUGGCGCGGAAGUGGAAGGUCGAGAUGCCAGAAGAGGCUGCCCUUGUGCUGCAGCGUGCCGACGAAAAGUACGGGACCGUCAGUGUCUCCGACGUCCCUUCACCAAACCGAUCAGUAUCCUCUGGCGCGACAUCGCCGAAAUCGCCGUCAGUUAUAGGGCCGGAAAAGUCUACCCCGCCGAACCAGCACAGCAAAACGGCUCCCCAGCCGAUGACGCUCGAUAUGCCGACGUCGACGAUGUCUUCGGACGUGCUCAGCAGCUUGACAGCGUCGAGCAUGCCGCCGACUUUGCCAAACAUCCAGAGCCAGAACGCGCGGCAAAUGGGGCAACCCAUCACCACUACCUCGUUGCCCAUGAACGACCCGCUCUCAACCAUCAACUCGUGGGCCGUCUCACCCGUGACGCGGAGUAUGCCCAGCUAUACGCAGGCUUUUGCGCCUAUCCAUGCGCAUACCAGUAUGGCGCCGCAACCGUCAUCGCGGUCCGCCCACGGCGCCCGCCAGGUGACUCCCAGCUCCCUCUACGCCAUUGACGGGCAGGACUGGUACAUCAAGGACGGUGUCAACUGGCAGCAGAACUUCCAGACCUGGGGCCUUGGCGCCGGCGCCAACCGGCAGUCGAAUCCGAACGGAAGCAGCAGCAGCGCCGCGAACAGUGGGGUGAACGAUCCCUCCAUGUUUGUCUUCCAGGGGGUGAACAUGAAUGAUGUGGAUCCGGGGUUCGACUCGAUGGGCCUGGGCAGCUUGGAUCAUCUGUCCGGGUUAGACUAGCUAGGUCUACAUUUGACCAAAAAAAAGCUGGCGUUCUGCGGAUAUGGACAUGGGGAGGAAUGUAUCAUGAGCUGGGCUCGGUGUUCUGGGUCGGGAAAUGCAUGGGGCAGGCGCGCUGACUACAGGAGCGGGUCGGGUCGGGAUACCAUCUCUUGUGUUCGGCUGUGGCAAGUAGGGACGGGAUUAUGGGCACUGUUUAGACGCAUUGUAUGUAUACUAUCGCUAUGGAACAGAGUUAGCCGUGAAGUUGUCUAUAUCAAGACUCCGAACAACGCAAAUCUAUCCAACUCAACUCAAUCAACUUCAACGCAAUUUAACGCAAUUUGGCCCUGUUGGCAAUCAAA